AUGACUGCUGAUAAGCCGGUACCGCGAAGGAUUGUUGCACUGCCCAAGGACUGUGCAAUUGGUAAGUUGAAGAUUUUCGAGCUGCCAAAUCCGUCCAAUAUUGAGUCCAAAGGUCCUAUUAAGGUGUUUAUGGGUAAUGGGAAGGUUUACCAGCUCAAAAAAAAGACAUUUAGUCGGGGAUGUGAAUUCAAUAGGGUUCGAGACUCAAGCAACGAAAGCUAUCACUACACGGCUCGCGCAGAACCCAUAAAAUCUGGUAUCUUGGUGAACAAUGCACAACGUGAAGAUGGAUGGCUACUGAGUGACGGAUCUUUUGAGUUUUCCACGGAGUACGAUCUGGGUUUUAGCUUAUGUGGUGCUUUCUUUCGCGGAAUUUUAAGCAAAGAUGAAAACCAGUACCUGCAACCUGAGCUAUCCGAGACUCCAACACCAUCCAUUGAAGAUAGAUUUCUUAUGACACGCGACUUUCUUGGCAGUCUUGUCGACCAACAUAGCCCCAAUUGGUCUCACGUACCUCUGGAAUGCUUACAAAGCUGUAUGAGUCGUUUGUGCGACUGUGUGGAAGAAGCUGGUGACGUAUACUACAAAAUCAGCUCUACCAAGAUUACCCAAUGGCUCGCAUCCAAGGUAAAGAAGAUAAUCGAGAAUUUCCCCAAAAGUGUGCCCUUACCAAGAAACGUUUCCGGCGAAAUUGAAACUCAUUGCAAAGCCGUUUUCGCGUGUAAUUUGCUUAUUUCUUUGGUGCCACGUCAAGCCUACAACGAGCUUAUUCGAUAUGAGGACCAAGACCUAAACCUGGCUGAAGCCUUUCGCCAGUACAAGAAAUUUCAAGAAGACGAACUUAAACUCAAAAAAGAACAAGAGCUUCUUAUUGAGUCCGCAAUGAAGGCCGGCAUAACCAGCGGAUCAGCCAAGAAACCUGUCGUCCAGAGAGUGACCAAAGUUGUCAAAACCAAUAAAAUUAAAAGCGGAAAAGGUGCGAUUGACGGAUUUUUCAAGAAAAAGAAUACGACCUGA